AUGAACAUCCUGGAAACAACUUUCAAACUAAAAUCAUCCUUCUACAAUAAAAGUCAGACAUUCAUUGGUGUUAUACAAUCGAUAGAUGCAAUCAACAGUCAAGAAUUUCAAGCAAGUGAUAGACUGCGAAUAUUGACCAUAGAAAUCAGUGAACUUUAUAAAAUUAAAACAGGGCUAAAUUUAGUCAUACUUGACUUUUGGGCGUCAACGUUUAUUUAUAUCAGCUCUACUCUCAUUUCUUCUGAUUAA